AUGGGUCGUACCGUCGACCAGGAGGUGCACGCCGCGUUUGUCGAGUUCCGCGCCAAGGAAGAUGAUAAGUGUCUCUCCGUCCAGUGUAUCUACUGCCAGCAGAUCCGCGCAAAGAACACCUCGCGACAGAAGCAGCACCUCCUCGAAUGCCCCGGCCUUCGAGGCCACCCCAACGCGCCCCAGCCAUCUCAGCCCGCGCAGUCCGCUCCGAACGGCAUCGGCCCUGCCAAUGGAUACCCAGGCACGCCGAGCGGUCCAACGGCCACGCCAGGUGCUGGUCCUCCCGGUCCUGGUCCGAUCCCAACGCCCAAUGGACCCAUGAUGGCCAACGGGGUGAACCCGCACGCGACCCCGAUGCAGACCCCGCUGCAGAGCAUGCAGAAUCGCCCCCCAAUGCAGACUCCCGGCCCGCCGCCGGGACCCCCGGGGUCCGCGCCGUCUUCUGCGCAGCCGUCGCGUCCGACACCCAAGCCCAAGCCGAAGACCUCGACCUCGAGCUUGCCUGCGCCGCCGCUGGACGACGUGCACGCGGCUUUUGUCGAGUUCCGCGCCAAGGAAGAAGACAAGUGUCUGUCCGUGCAAUGCAUCUACUGUCAGCAGGUCCGCGCCAAGAACACCAGCCGCCAGCGUCAGCACUUGCUGGAAUGCCCCACCUAUCUUAGUGUGAUGAAGGACUCGAUCCCGGCCAACAAUCUGCUUCAUACGUUCCCGGAAGGCGAUGUCGCGCGAUCACUGCAGAUUCCGGCGCCAUCGCUGGAGCUGGACUUCCGCAUGAGCAUCAAGUUGAACCCCAAGGUUACGGUCGGUCAGAGCAUCUGGGGUCAUCGGGAUUGGGUUUCGUUUGUGGGUGGACAGUGGGCUGGCCGGUGGGGCAAGGGAAUCGUUCUGCCCGGUGGCCAGGAUACUCAGGUCGUGACGAAAGACGCGACUACCAACCUUCGCGCAAGCUACAUGCUUCAGACCGCAGAUGAGCCGCCUGCGUUCAUCAUCGUGCGGACAGAAGGCUGGCUGACCGGCGCCAAGGAUGUUUUGGAGAAGGUCAACGACCCUGGGAUGGCGGAUGGUGUCAAUCCUAGCACCUACAAAUACCGCAUCAACCUGUCAAUGGAGACUGGUGACGAGCGAUACACAUUCCUAAACACCUUGAUGUGGAUAGGCAGCGGCUGCCGCCGAGGCCAGGAACUCAUCUUCGAUUCGUUCCGAGUCAACUAA